UCACUCAUUUUUGUCAUGAAAUCUUUUGGAACUCUUUUUUAAAACAAGGAGAGAGCCUCCCGUCAUUCCUUGAAAGCAAGAAACAUAAAAUUUUUCAUUUAUUUAAUGGAAGUGAAAGAUGCUGUAUGUGUUCUAAUUCUGGGUGCCCAGACGUUACAGAGGAAACAUUUUACAACUGUGAAUGGCUUUAUUUAUUUAACACGCCUACAGGUAACUGUUGCACAAAGAACGAACCGACACACAUUUGCUCUUACUCUGCUACUGUUACACUUAAUACGACAAAUCUUGAAAAAGAAUACGCUACUGCUCUCCUAAAACAAUUUUGUCCAGCAAGAAGGGCUGUAGAUGCUUUAGUAAAAUGGCGAAAUAAGUAUGGCCAUCCUGAAGAAAUAUUUCUACCAGAUGCACAAUAUCGAAUUGAGAAAAGCAGCAUUGAUAACGAGAUCAUGAUAUUAGCUUCUUUUUCUGGAAAAGACGCACAAACAAGACAAAAACUAAGCGAGCUAGAGGACAUAUCACUUGAUCCCCAGUUAUGUGAACAGUACCGAAAUACUUUACUAGAACAGAUAGAUGGUGUUACUGAUUUAAAGGAGGUUGUGUUGAAAUUUCAAGACUCUUGUAGCACACAUUUAAAAAAACAGGAUGGACAACUGGUAAACAUAGACGGUAAAUAUGUGUUCAAUAGAAAUUUCACGUCAAAGAGAUGCGCAAAGUUUGAAAUAAAAACAGUAAAGUAUGCGGAUUAUAAAGUUUUCAUGUCUCAGUUAGAAACAAGUUGGAUACGAAUAAGUGAAUGCAAAGAAAAGAACACACAAUUCAAAUUCAAAAGAUCUACAAAAUCAGAUAAAGACAAACAGUUCUUUCACAUUGAAUCAGUUGAUCGUCCACGUCAUUAUGUGACCAUGGGAUUUCUUGAUAUUUGGGUGAGAGCAAAGUUUUACGAUGAUGUUUCAUCCGAAGACGACGCGACUUGGGAUAUCAGAUGUCUGAAGACAGUUGACCAGAAAGGAAAUAGUUUGCCGAAAUAUCUGUUAGUUCCAAAGAGCUCACAAUCUUUUUUAUGUGUUGAUCGUACAAACAGGCUUAGAGGAUGCAGUGAUCAUCUUGAUGUAUCAAAAAUGUUCAUUUUCAGUAAAGUAAAUUGA